AUGCUGCGUGCUCCAGCUAGCCAAUGGAUUGAGCCCUUCAGUAGCAGGUCCUGCCGGCUAGGUGAGAAGUCUGCAGGCCGUGUGCACAGCAAGGAUGAAAGGGCGAGCAAGCAGCUGGUGCCAGUGCGGCUCCCUUGUCUGCUGCCACCCGGCACACACAGUCUGGCUUCUCUGGAGCCCCGUGCUCUCUCCAGGUGCCUGCGGAGAAGGGGCGGCCCAUACAAAACCGAGCCUGCGAGCGACCUCACCCGCUGGCGGCUGAGCAACGAGGAGGGGCGGCAGAGAUGGCGCUACCUGGAGGCAGGGGCGGAGGGUGAGCGAGAGAAGGACGUCAUGUCUGUCCUGCUCCUCUUCCUUCCUUCGCAGAGUAAGUUCUUCAAAGCCUUGCCCCGGGCCAGCACGGCCCAGGGAGCAGCGCUGAAUGGGGUGCGCUUUUACUCCGGCCUGCAGGCAGAGGAUGGGCACUGGGCCGGUGACUACGGGGGCCCCCUCUUCCUGCUGCCAGGUCUCCUGAUCACCUGCCACGUUGCCAAGAUCCCCCUGCCGGAAGCGUCCCGGAAGGAGAUGGUGCGUUACCUGCGCUCGGUGCAGCUCCCGGAUGGCGGCUGGGGCUUGCACGUGGAAGACAAAUCGACCGUGUUCGGCACUGCGCUCAGCUACACCUCCCUGAGGAUCCUGGGGGUUGGGCCAGAUGACCCGGACCUCGUGCGGGCUCGCAUCAACCUCCACAGCAAAGGUGGUGCGGUGGGAAUCCCGUCCUGGGGCAAGUUCUGGCUGGCCAUCUUGAACGUGUACAGCUGGGAGGGGAUGAACACGCUGCUCCCUGAGAUGUGGUGCGGUGGGAAUCCCGUCCUGGGGCAAGUUCUGGCUGGCCAUCUUGAACGUGCUGCUCCCGGCCUGGAUGCCGGCCACUGCCGCCAGGUGUACCUGCCCAUGAGCUACUGCUACGCCACGCGCCUGGCGGCCGAGGAGGACGAGCUUGUGCAGAGCCUCAGGCAGGCAAGUGAAUUCCCAGCCUGCUCCCGCCCUGUGCGACACCGGCCCGGAGCUGGGCCGUGCAGCUGGUGAGUUUCUGUGCCCGCCCCAGCCAUCCUGAACGUGUACGAAGCUCAUCACAGUGCCUGGCUGCGGCAGCGCGCCAUCGCCGAGCUGUACGACCACAUCCAGGCUGACGACGCCUUCACCAAGGCCAUCAGCAUUGGCCCGAUUUCCAAGACCAUUAACAUGCUGGUUCGCUGGUACGUGGAGGGGGCGGGCUCCCCGGCCUUCCAGGAGCACGUCUCCAGGAUCCCCGAUUACCUCUGGGCGGAUUGAAAGCGGCUCUCAGCACAGGCUCCUCUGUUGCAGGGCACCAACGGAUCCCAGCUCUGGGACACAGCGUUUGCCGUCCAAGCCUUCCUGGAGGUAACGGAUCCCCCGCUGCUGCUGCUGCAGGAGAAGUGUCCCUUCCUAGCGGAGCACGUCCCCGCCGGGCGCCUCUUCGACGCUGUGAACGUGGUAGGAGGCGGCGGAGAGCCCCAGAGUCAGGGCCAUGGAUCUCACAGCAGCUUAAAACAAAAUGGCUUCUGGGUGGGGGAUGUUUGGCAAAGUAGCACCCUCCCCCUCUGCGGGCCUAGCAGGUCACCCAAUGAAAUGAAUAGGCAGCAGGUUUAAAACAAGCACAAGUAUUUCUUCACAAAAU